AUGCCGGGAACAUCAGCCUUCAAUCUACUUAAUAUUGACCUGGUCUUCCUCCAACAAGAAUUCUGGAAAGUUUGUUGGGAAGUAGAUAACUUGGGGCAAACCCAUGCAGGUGAUUACGACCUGCUGGAAAGCACAGCCCAGUCUCCCCUAGGGGACAUCAGCCGAAAUUGCACUGAAGAUGGCUGGUCCGAACCUUUUCCUCAUUAUUAUGAUGCCUGCGGCUUUGAUGAAAAUGAAACAGAGUCUGAUAACCAGGAUUACUACUAUCUAUCUGUGAAGGCUCUGUACACAGUGGGAUACAGCACUUCUCUUGUUUCCCUCACCACCGCCAUGGUUAUCCUGUGUCGUUUCAGGAAGCUUCACUGCACUCGAAAUUUUAUCCACAUGAACCUCUUUGUUUCAUUCAUCCUACGUGCAAUAUCUGUAUUCAUUAAAGAUGGGGUUCUUUAUGCUGAGCAGGAUGGCAACCACUGUUUUAUCUCAACAGUGGAAUGCAAAGCAGUGAUGGUGUUUUUUCACUACUGUGUCAUGUCCAACUACUUCUGGCUUUUCAUCGAGGGAUUGUACCUUUUCACUUUAUUGGUAGAAACCUUUUUCCCAGAGAGAAGAUAUUUCUACUGGUACACUAUUAUUGGCUGGGGUACCCCAACAAUUUGUGUCACUGUCUGGGCAGUGCUGAGGCUUCACUUUGAUGAUACUGGCUGCUGGGACAUGAAUGACAACACAGCCUUGUGGUGGGUGAUCAAGGGUCCUGUGGUUGGAUCAAUCAUGAUAAACUUUGUGCUUUUUAUUGGCAUAAUUGUGAUACUUGUGCAGAAACUCCAGUCACCUGAUAUCGGGGGCAAUGAAUCCAGCAUUUACUUGAGGCUGGCUCGCUCUACACUACUGCUUAUCCCCUUGUUUGGAAUUCACUACACGGUGUUUGCUUUUUCUCCUGAAAAUGUCAGUAAGCGGGAGAGACUAGUGUUUGAAUUGGGACUGGGAUCUUUCCAGGGUUUUGUUGUUGCUGUUCUCUAUUGUUUCUUGAAUGGGGAGGUGCAAUCAGAAAUAAAGAGAAAAUGGAGGAGCUGGAAAGUCAACCGGUAUUUUGCUGUGGAUUUCAAACAUCGUCAUCCUUCUCUAGCGAGCAGCGGAGUGAACGGGGGGACACAACUGUCCAUUCUGAGCAAGAGCAGCUCUCAGAUUCGGAUGUCCAGCAUAAAUGCGGAGAACCUAGCGACAUGA